CAGCAAUAACUGUGCCUUUAUAAGCUUGCAUUGCUCACACAUUUCUUAGUGCACCAAAUAAAAGCUUUGCUUGUGUGGGAGCCAAAAGAGAAAAAAAAUGGAGAGAGCACCAUGGAUUCACCUCCUAGUUCUGAUGGCUUGCCUGCAGUUGUUUCCUGCACCGGCGGAGUGCAUGGUUCGGCACUACAAGUUCAACGUGGUGAUGAAAAACACAAGUAAAUUAUGUUCAAGCAAGCCAAUUGUUACUGUGAAUGGGAAGUUCCCUGGACCCACUUUAGUUGCUAGAGAGGAUGACACUGUGCUUGUGAAGGUGGUCAACCAUGUCAAAUACAAUGUCAGCAUCCAUUGGCAUGGGAUUAGGCAGCUAAGAACUGGCUGGGCAGAUGGUCCAGCGUACAUAACUCAGUGUCCUAUCCAGCCAGGGCAGAACUUUGUCUACAAUUUUACUAUUACUGGCCAAAGGGGUACCUUGUGGUGGCAUGCACAUAUCCUCUGGCUCAGGGCCACUGUCCAUGGUGCCAUCGUUAUCUUGCCCAAGCGUGGUGUUCCUUAUCCAUUUCCCACUCCCUAUAAGGAAGAAGUCGUUAUACUAGGUGAAUGGUGGAAAUCAGAUGUUGAAGCUGUGGUCAAUGAAGCCAUGAAAUCUGGGUUGGCACCAAAUGUCUCAGAUGCUCACACCAUUAAUGGCCAUCCAGGACCUGUCUCAACCUGCCCUUCACAAGGGGGAUUUACCUUACCAGUACGUUCCGGCAAGACCUACAUGCUUAGGAUAAUCAAUGCUGCACUUAAUGAAGAGCUCUUCUUCAAGAUUGCUGGUCAUCAGCUGACAGUUGUUGAGGUUGAUGCCGCCUACGUUAAACCCUUCAAAACUGACACAGUCCUUAUAACCCCAGGCCAAACCACGAACGUUCUUUUAACUGCAGACCGCAACUCCGGCAAAUACCUGGUUGCAGCCGCCCCUUUCAUGGACGCUCCCAUUGCUGUAGACAAUGUAACUGCAAGUGCCACCUUACAUUAUUCGGGUACCCUUUCUAGUGUUGCCACCACCCUCACCGCCCCGCCACCGCAAAACGCCACCCCAGUAGCAACAAAGUUCAGUAAUGCUCUGCGUAGCUUGAACUCGAAAAAGUACCCUGCUAGAGUCCCUUUGACAAUAGAUCAUUCCCUUUUCUUCACUAUUGGGCUUGGAGUGAACCCUUGCGCUACUUGUGUUAAUGGUAGCCGAGUUGUGGCAGAUAUCAAUAACAUAACCUUCGUUAUGCCAAAGAUUUCUCUACUUCAAGCCCAUUUCUUUAAUAUUAGUGGAGUUUUUACCGACGACUUCCCUGGAAAUCCACCGAUCGCUUACAACUAUACAGGGACACAACCAACCAACUUUCAAACCAUCAAAGGAACGAAGGUUUAUAGACUUGCUUAUAACUCUACUGUGCAGUUAGUUUUACAAGACACUGGGAUGCUUACCCCUGAAAACCACCCGAUCCAUUUGCAUGGCUUCAAUUUCUUUGAAGUGGGGAGAGGAAUAGGCAAUUUCAAUCCAAAGCAAGACCCAAAAAAUUUCAAUCUUGUCGAUCCUGUGGAGAGGAACACUAUAGGAGUCCCUUCUGGUGGAUGGGUUGCUAUAAGAUUUAGAGCUGAUAAUCCAGGGGUGUGGUUCAUGCAUUGCCAUUUGGAAGUUCACACAACAUGGGGAUUGAAGAUGGCAUUUGUGGUAGACAAUGGAAAAGGCCCCAACGAAUCUCUUCUGCCUCCUCCUCCUGAUCUACCCAAGUGUUAGAGAAUUCCAAUGUCUGCACCACAAAUUUAAUUAAUUCAAAAGUUUCAAGUAGUGCUGGACUUCUAAAAAUAAAACAAACAAGCAAGCGGUUUUAGAAGAGUUCUUACAAUCGACCCAAGCUGAAAAAUGCAGUUGCCCCAAGUAGAAAUAAUAUUAAUAAACCUCGGAUUUUUCUUUUUUUGGUCCUUGUUUUGCCUUACAGUUUGUUCCCAAAAAAGGUUGUUUGUUGCAGGGCUUGAUGUAAUUAUGCAAAUAUAUGUUCUGAUGAUUUAAAGGUCCAAAGUAAUGACAAGUUCCUUAAUUUGUUUUCCA